AUGAUGGACUCAGUUAUUAGGGUAGCCAUUCGAGGUCUCCAGAUCCUCUGGGUCGUGCUCGUCACAGCACUAAUAGGCAACGUCAUCGCUCUCAACAUUAACGGCUCUGGGUCUGCUAUGGCAGCUAUCAAUUUCACCAUGUUUGUCGCCGUUCUUUGUUGGCUCGCUGCCCUCUACGGCUUGGCUACCGCCUUCAUCCCGGCUCUUGCCAUACCUCUUAUCGUCCUGGCAUUUGACGGCGCUGCUCUGCUCUUUACUUUCAUUGACAGUAUCGUGUUGUCCGCUAAACUGCGCGCUGUUAACUGUGGCUCCCUGAACCCCAACAACCUUCCUGGCAACUACAUUGUUUGGGGUUCAGCGAAUGACGAGAAGCGAUGCCGCGAAAUUCAGGCAAGCACUGUCUUUAUGUGGUUCCUGUUCGCCAGUUUCGGUGCAGCAGCCUUCUUUACUUUCAUGGAUUUCCGUCGCGGAGGUGGCGGUUCUGUUCGCAGCUCUCGACCAUCCAUGGCCCAGGUUGGCGUUUAA